AAGGGCAAGAGAGGACCAAGUCCGGCCUUAUGGUGGGUGAAUGGACAAGGAGAGGAAGUAAAGUGGAGCUUCCGGAAGCUGAGGGAGCUCACCUGCCGCACUGCUAACGCCUUGGAGCAGAUUUGUGGCCUGCAGCAAGGAGAUCGUCUGGCCUUGAUCCUGCCUCGAGUGCCCGAGUGGUGGCUGGUUACAGUGGGCUGCAUUCGAACAGGGAUCAUCUUCAUGCCUGGGACUACCCAACUGAAAGCCAAGGACAUUCUCUACCGAAUACAAAUGUCUCAAGCCAAAGCCAUUGUGACCACAGACAGCCUUGUCCCAGAGGUGGAAUCUGUGGCUUCUGAGUGUCCUGGUCUGAAAACCAAGCUGGUGGUGUCUGAUCACAGCCAUGAAGGGUGGCUUAACUUCCAGUCACUGAUUAAAUCAGUCUCCCCAGACCAUACCUGCAUUAAGUCAAAGAUGAAGGAUCCCAUGGCCAUCUUCUUCACCAGCGGGACCACAGGUUACCCCAAGAUGGCAAAGCACAACCAGGGACUUGCCUUCCGGUCUUGUAUCCCUUCAUGGUAGGGAAAGAACACUCAUUUAAAGGCU